AUGUUGCUAGAUCAGCUGUUUUGGACACCCUGUGUCUGGAUCCGCUGUGACAGGAUCAGCUGUUUCGGGACACCCUGUGUUUGGAUCCGCUGUAACAGGAUCAGCUGUUUUGGACACCCUGUGUCUGGAUCCGCUGUGACAGGAUCCGCUGUGACAGGAUCAGCUGUUUCGGGACACCUUGUGUUUGGAUCCGCUGUAACAGGAUCAGCUGUUUCGGGACACCCUGUGUUUGGAUCCGCUGUGACAGGAUCAGCUGUUUCGGGACACCUUGUGUUUGGAUCCGCUGUAACAGGAUCAGCUGUUUCGGGACACCCUGUGUUUGGAUCCGCUGUAACAGGAUCAGCUGUUUCGGGACACCUUGUGUCUGGAUCCGCUGCGACAGGAUCAGCUGUUUCGGGACACCUUGUGUCUGGAUCCGCUGUGACAGGAUCCGCUGUAACAGGAUCAGCUAGUUCGGGACACCCUGUGUUUGGAUCCGCUGCGACAGGAUCAGCUGUUUCGGGACACCUUGUGUCUGGAAACCCUGUGUUUGGAUCCGCUGUGACAGGAUCAGCUGUUUCGGGACACCCUGUGUUUGGAUCCGCUGUAACAGGAUCAGCUGGUUCGGGACACCCUGUGUUUGGAUCCGCUGUGACAGGAUCCGCUGUAACAGGAUCAGCUAUUUCGGGACACCCUGUGUUUGGAUCCGCUGUGACAGGAUCAGCUAUUUCGGGACACCUUGUGUCUGGAUCCCCUGCCCAUGGACCCGCUGGGCCAGAAUUCAGCGUGCCACGAUCUUGUGCUGCAGGAUCAGCUGUCUUGGGGUCCACUGAGUGUGGAUCUGUUGUGCCGGGAUCUGCUCUGGUCGGAUCAGCUGGGUAUUAA